AUGCGCCCGAAGGAACCGGGGCAGAGCUCCGCCGGGGACCGGCCUGGGCCCGAUCCCGCGGACCCAGCAGCAGUCACCCCCGCACCCCCGCCCGCGGCCAGUCCCGCUCCGGCGCCCGAGCCUGCCCGCGCGCAGCGACCGGGGGCUGGACAGGGGGCAGGGUCCGGGGCAGCCUCCGCAUCCCCACCGGUGGCGAAAGCCCCCACCGGCGCUCGCCCGGCCUCCGAGGCUGUCCAGGGGAAUGCCCGGUCCGUGCCCGACAGCGCGGGCGCGCCGUGGACGCGCUUCAUAUUCCAAGGGUCCUUCGGUCCCCGGGCCACUGGCCUGGGGACUGGAAGGGCAGCGCGCAUCUGGAAGACGCCGGCUGCCUACCUUGGCCGGCGGCCCGGGGUGUCUGGUCCAGAGCGUGCCACCUUCAUUCGGGAGCUGGAGGAAGCGCUGUGUCCUAACCUGCCUCCGCCAGUCAGGAAGAUCACCCCGGAAGAUAUCAAAGUGAUGUUAUAUUUGCUGGAGGAGGUGUGUACUGACCCAGGCAGGCACCUUUUAAAUUCUGCCCAUAGCCGGGCUCGGUGGCUCACUCAGCCUGUAAUCCCACACCUUUGGGAGGCUGAGGUGAGGUCCCCAUGGGUGGUGCUUCCCCUGCAGAGAGAGCGGGACCUGAAUACGGUGGCUCACAUCGGCCAGUCCCUGGUGAAACAGAACAGCAUUCUGAUGGAGCAGAAUAGCAAUCUGGAAGCCAUGCUGGGCUCAGCCAGGGAGGAGAUUCUGCACCUGAGACACCAAAUGAACCUUCGUGAUGACCUACUACAGCUCUACUCAGACUCUGAGGACGAAGAAGAGGAGGAGGAGGAGGAGGAAGAGGAAGAAGAGGAGGAGGAGGAAGAGGAGCCCGAGGAGGAGCAGGAAAACGAUUGUCCCCACAACGCCCCCGAGCCGUGAGUGACCCCUCAGAAAGAGUCCCUGCGCCAGCACCACUGCCCGCAGCUGAAAGCCCUGCAGGAGAGGCUGAGGCAGCUGCAGGAGGAAAACCAGCAGCUGAGAGAGAAGGCCUCCGAGCUCAACACCCUUGAGGAUGAGGAGCAGAUGCUCAUUCUGGAAUGUGUGGAACAGUUUUCGGAGGCCAGCCAGCAGAUGGCCGAGCUGUCAGAAGUGCUUGUGUUCAGGCUGGAGAACUACGAGCGGCAGCAGAAGGAGGUCACCCAGCUGCAGGCCCAGGUCGUGAGGCUGCAGCAGUGCUGCCAGUCGGAGGCCCUUCCUGGUUUCCAGGAGAGCCUCAGGACAUCUCUCAGGAGGAUCAUCUCAGACCCUGUGCAUUUUAUGGACAGGAAUUACAGUGUGCCCAGAGGGAAGGUGUCCCGCCUGAGAUACGAUCUUUGCUACAGCCACGAGCGAGGACAGGAACAGGGGUUCGAGGCCAAGGAGGUGCCCCUGCUGGCAGAGGACAUUGUGCCGGAGGACGAUUUUGUGACUGCAGAGGACCUGGUGUCCCAGGAGGAGCUGGGGGCCCCCGAAGAGGUGCUGGCUGAGGAGGAGGUGAUAGAGGAGGUGGAGCUGGUGUCGGAGGAGGCCUGGGAAGAGGUGGAGCCGGAGCUGGAUGAGGCAGCGCAGAUGAACGUGGUGACCUCGGCCCUGGAGGCCAGUGGCCAGGGGCCUUCACACCUGGACAUGAAGUACGUCCUCCAGCAGCUGGCUAUCUGGCAGGAUGCCCAUUACAGGCAGCAGCUGAGGCAGAAGAUGCCCCCGAAAGGUGAGUGCUCCCGUGGGGGCCUCGUUCCGGCCAGCCAGACAAGCUGCAGAUCGUCUAGUCGAUGAAAGGCGAGGGGAGGUGAGCCCCCCAGCGCUCACUAGCCCCAGCCCCGCCCAGCAUGCUGAUUUGCAUGGGCUUUGCAUACAAUUUGCAUAGACACCUCCCUCUAGCGCAGCCGUGGCCCCAAGUGCUUUUAUGGAAUUUGUU